AAGACGAUGUCAUUCACCUGCCACCUGAAGCGAGGCACCAUCGACCCAGGGGAGCCAAUCACAUACGAGUAUGUCCGAGUCUGUGGGACAUCGCAAGUCAUCGGUGAUUCCGAUGAAGAUGCCAUGGUGAACGACAACAGCGACUUUAUUGGCAUCGACCUACCAGAACAGUCGCUGUGCUUCUGCUGCACGGUGCGCCUCCAGACCUCUCACAUCAUCCGGGAGAUGUCCACGGUGGACGAGGCCACUAACGAGUUCACCUCUCGUCACUCGCUGGAGUGGAAAUUUUUGUUUUUGGACCACAGAGCUCCACCGAUCAUAGGUUACCUGCCGUUUGAAGUCCUGGGGACGUCGGGUUACGACUACUACCACCCUGAUGACCUUGAGAUUGUGUCUAAAUGCCACGAACAGUGUAAGCGGUUUUCUUACUUCUUUCUUUUACCUUCCCCCCCCCACCUCCCCCUGGAAGCAUCCCAAUCGGAAAUGUAUUGCUGUAGUUGACAAUAUUUUUACGUAUGCCCCAUACCCCCCUCCUGUUAAUGAGCAUUGGCAAAGAGAUGUCCAGCAAUGUGUAGAAAUGCCUAGUUUCCAACCAGUAUGUACCAUUAUAUUAAAUAUGUUUUUGAGGAUUUGGGGCAUAAAAAAAAAUCUGCCAAGUACCAAGGUCGUCUUUCACCGUGAAUAUGA